AUGACCCCCUCCCCUCGGGAGCGGGUCCCUCGAGCCUGUGAACAUUGUCGCGCGCGCAAAAUCAAGUGUAAUGGCGAACAGCCUUGUAAUGCUUGCUCACGAGAUCCGCAACGAUGUGCUUAUCGAACGGGGCACAUUCGCAAGAGGAAAAGCCGCCAACCGAAAGAGGCUCCUCGGGCGCCAGCAGCGCUGUUACCGGCCACCACGCAGUCUCCAAUACCGACGGAAUGGUCGCCGUCGGUGACACUAAUGGACGAUCCGGUCCAUUAUAAACGACAGCAUGAACUCAGGGCUGGAAUCGGUGUGUGCAACCCGGAGACGGGAAAUUUCCAAUUCUACGGUCCUUCGUCGGGGUUCGCUUUUCUGCAACGGAUCUACCAGCGUAUUAACAAAUCUUCGUCCAACCAGUCGCUACUGGCGCGUCAAAGCUGCUCCGUGCCAGAUGCAUUGCACAAAUGGGGCAUGGAGCGAUUCAUGUUUGCCGCCGACACGGAUGGUGACCUUCGUCUAGCCCAAUUGCGGACGGAGGCUUUUCUCCCCCAAGCUUUAGGCGAAAGAUUCAUCGAGGCCUAUUUCAAGAUUAUUCAUCCGCAGAUGUCGGUGCUUGUGCACUCGGAGGUCAUGGAAACAUGGACUCAAAUGUGGGAGUUCCCAGUGCGAGGUCGCAAGCUGAAAAACCAGGAGAUCUUGUUCAUGGUGCUGGCUCUUGGGGCUCGUGUCGUCAAUCUGAAGGAUAAGGAGCCCGAGGCACGUGUCGAAGGCUGGGCUGAGCAUUUCUCCAAUCGCGCAGCCGAAGGGCCGAUCUUUUUGCAGGAACCAAGUGUAAAGGGAAUGCAUCUGAUGCUGUUGAAGGCUAUGUAUUCUCUGCAACUAAUGCGACAAAACGAUGCCUAUCUUUAUCUUGGUCACGCAACACGGAUUGCUAUGGUGCUGGGCUUGCAUCGCUCACAAGUGACGGACGGACGAGAACCACAUAUGCAUCGACUUCGACUCACCUUUUGGACCGUAUUCGUCUUUGAACGCAUCUCAUCUAUGUACAUGGGUCGCCCCUCUGCCCUCUCUGAUAACCAGAUUGACACGGCAUAUCCCGAGAAUUUUCCGUGCAACAAAAACGAAAACAUCUAUCAAGCACCAUCCAUUGAAUGCGCUUGGGUGCGAGCCAUGGCCGAGAUCGGAAAGCUCGCCGACCGAAUAUCGGUGGAUAUUUACUCGCCUGCUAGCAUAAAAAGCAUCGCCGACCUGGCUACAGUUAAUAACACUAGCUUGGAAUGCGACACAGCCCUCCAACGCAUCAGCACUUCGCUCCCAUCCUAUCUUCACUUCUUUGACGAGAACGUUCCUAUCGGCGAGGAUUGGCAGGAAAUCCAAAGGAUCAGUCUCGGAUUUAGUUACUACGUUCUUCGGAUGCUGCUAUACCGACCGGCACUAGUCCUGACGACUUUCUUCUCGAGCCCUGCAGAAGCGCAACAGACUGCGGUCUGUGGAGUUGACAUUCAAGCAUGCAUUAACGCCUCGACAUCUGCCGCUCGCAACUUGGUCAACUUAGCGCACGAUGUAUAUUUCCGCCGCUUCCCAGACAUUCGAUAUGAUGGGGCACUUGCAUCGUUUCUCGUCUCGGCGACGAUGACCAUGUUAUAUGACGUAUUAAACCUUGGGACGGAGCCGGACCGUGCGCGACAGACCUUUGCCGUCGUUGAAAAAGGCAUUCAAUGUCUUGACGAGAUUGAGCACACCGGAUACACAACAGGUAAAGUGCUUAGUAUGGAUUUGAUGAAGGUGGCCAAGCAAGCGGUACAAGCGGCAGAUCCUGUCAUCGAUACGAAUCAGGUUUUGGUCGAUUCGUUUCCAUGGCUAGAUAACUGGACCCCCGGAACCACUACCACCGACCCCAGUGCCCAACAAACUCCUUAUGUGUUCCCGCAGGACGGGACGUUUCCUGGGAUUGGCACACUUGCCGCCGACACAGCAAUGUUAACUGGAGGAGAAGUGAACUUCCUCUGGUUGAACAAUGGUCUUGAUCCGAGCACAAUCCCAGGAUGUUUAUAUUAA